CGCUGCCGCCGCCGCCUCUGCUCCUCCGCUGUGCACGGGUCGUCUUCCCGCAGCCAUGAGCGCGCUCGGCCCCGAUGGAGCCACCCGCCCUCUAGAUUAGUGCUCGUCGCCGCCCCGCACCCGCCUGCAGCAUGGAGUCGCCCGCCUCAGGCCAGCCCGCCGGCAUGCCCCAGUCUAAAGGAAAAUCCAAGAGGAAGAAGGAUUUACGAAUAUCCUGCAUGUCCAAGCCACCUGCGCCCAGCCCCACACCCCCCCGGAACCUGGACUCCCGGACCUUCAUCACCAUUGGAGACAGAAACUUUGAGGUGGAGGCCGAUGACCUGGUGGCCAUCUCGGAGCUUGGCCGCGGAGCCUAUGGGGUGGUGGAGAAGAUGCGGCAUGCCCAGAGUGGCACCAUCAUGGCCGUGAAGCGGAUCCGAGCCACCGUGAACUCACAGGAGCAGAAACGGCUUCUCAUGGACCUGGACAUCAAUAUGCGCACUGUUGACUGCUUCUACACUGUCACCUUCUAUGGGGCCCUCUUCAGAGAGGGAGAUGUGUGGAUCUGCAUGGAGCUCAUGGACACGUCCCUGGACAAGUUUUACCGGAAAGUGCUGGAUAAAAACAUGACAAUUCCAGAGGACAUUCUGGGGGAGAUCGCUGUGUCUAUCGUGAGGGCCCUGGAGCACCUGCACAGCAAGCUGUCUGUGAUCCACAGAGACGUGAAACCCUCCAACGUCCUCAUCAACAAGGAAGGCCACGUGAAGAUGUGUGACUUCGGCAUCAGUGGCUACUUGGUGGACUCUGUGGCCAAGACAAUGGAUGCCGGCUGCAAGCCCUACAUGGCUCCCGAGAGAAUCAAUCCGGAGCUGAACCAGAAGGGCUACAACGUCAAGUCCGACGUCUGGAGUCUUGGCAUCACUAUGAUUGAGAUGGCCAUUCUACGGUUCCCUUACGAGUCCUGGGGAACCCCGUUCCAGCAGCUGAAGCAGGUGGUGGAGGAGCCGUCACCCCAGCUCCCAGCCGAUCGUUUCUCCCCUGAGUUUGUGGACUUCACUGCACAGUGCCUGAGGAAGAACCCUGCAGAGCGCAUGAGCUACCUGGAGUUGAUGGAGCACCCUUUCUUCACCUUGCACAAAACCAAGAAGACGGACAUUGCUGCCUUCGUGAAGGAGAUCCUGGGAGAGGACUCGUAGGGGGCUGGGCCUUGGGCCCCACUCUGGCCCUCCAGAGCCCCACAGCCUCCUCUGCGGGGACAGUGCUUGCCCACCACAUCCAUAAGCUACUGCCAUCUUGGCCCUGGGCGUUCCGGGAUGAAUUGAGGGGGCUGCUCCUUGCCGGGCUCUGCAAUGAAUCGUUUGUCCCAAGUGCCAAAGAACCAGACCAUUGGGGCUCCCAGCGGGCCCAUGUGGACCCCACUAGUGCCUCUACUGCUCCAAGGACCCCAAGUCUCCAGCUGUUGAGACCCUGACUUGGAGGGGCCUGGAUGCCCCCUGCCAGAUGCUGCUGCCCCUCGCAGAGAAGGCAGCCAGUUCCUGUGUGGACGGGCCGCUCCCUUGGCCCAGCCCUGGAUGCUACACAAGUUGUAUAUUUUUUAUCUCUUUGACUGAAUGGACUUCGCACACUUUGGCCCAGGGUGGCCACACCUCUGUCCUGGCUUCACUGCAAGGGACACAACAGGGGGGAUGGAUGAGCCAUGUGAAUUCCCCCAAGACUCCCACGAGGGAGAUGUCAUGAGCCGCCCAAGGCCUUCCCCCCAGCACUGGCAAACAGGGCCUCUAAAGGGCACGUGGGUCAUCUAGCCCUGCCAGCCACCUCCAGGGGUGUCCUUUCACCUUCACCUUUUUUUUUUUUUUUUUAAUUUAUCCUCUGUUGAUUUUUUCUUUUGCUUUGUGGGUUUAGCUGGUUUUUCUUGCAUGGUUUGGAGCUGAUCACUUCUCUCCCGCCCCCUCGUGUACCAGCAGGCUGAUCCUUGUCCUGCUCAGGCUGGGGUGUAGGGGGGAUGGGCCCAAGGUCUCCGCUUGGAGAGGUGCCCAGGGGGAGCCAUCUAGCUCACUUGCCUCGGGGACUGGCUCGAUGGGAGCCGUGGAUUUGCUUUGGUGGUGUUAAAAAAAAAAAAAGAAAAUAUAUUUUUUUGAAGAAAGGACUGCCCAUCCUGGGUCCUUUCUCUAAUAGGUUGGGGCAGUCCUUGGUUGUUGUUUUAAUUUAAAAAAAAAAAAGUGGGAUAAAA